AUGGUCAGCCCCUCACACGACGAGAAGAUAUGGCGCCGCCGAGGAGGGGAACCGACGCAGCGUGCGAGAGGGGCAGAAGUGGUUUUGCAUGUCGGUCAACAUGUCGAUCCGCGCCCUCGCGGUACCUUCAAAAACAUAUACGAGAAGGAGUUGACGAAACCGCCUAACCUCUCUUGGUCUCCUCGUCUCCCGAUCGAGAUGUGGGAGCGGGUAUUCGAUCUUCUCGCUCGGGGAGGAUGGGCAUAUGCACUACGAAGCUGCUCGCUCGUCUGCAGGCUGUGGUCUGUGCGGUGCCGCUGGCAUCUCUCUCGACACGUUGUUGUCCGCGACAAGGAACACGGGCACCGUGUAGCAAAGGCGAUGCGAAUGGCUGCAUCCCAGGCAAGCUUGGCCGAAGCGAUCACACUCAUGGAGCCUCUUGGAUUUCUCAUGGGGCGGUCGAACCCGCGUGUGGAGACCCUCACAAUUGGGGCCGAUGGACUCAGGUCAAAGUGGGCACCUGCAUUGUUCCACACGGACGUUUUCACGCACCUGAGUGUCUCAUUCGCGCACGUCACUCGCCUCACUCUCGACUCGAUCGAGUUCCCAUCGUCGAUUGUCUUGGCGCGGCUGGUAUUCUCGUUCCCUCGUCUCGCUACGCUUGCUUGUCACUCUCUAUAUACUGUUACUCAGGGUUAUGUACCAGGGCGCGCGCUGCCUCCCAAAGGCUUUGCCCUGGCAGAUGUCAAUCUGGACGAAACCAACGAUAUUGUCGACUUUUUUGUCGAGCCCCCGAUCGGCGCCGCCCUCUGUCAUCUCACUAUGAAGCUCUCCGGAUACUUGAAUCACUCGACCGACGGUCUGCAGCGACUAGUAUGCGCCGCUGGCGCUUCUCUUUCCUCGCUGGAUGUUACGCUUAGGAUUGAUGAUGUCUCCGCCAGCCAUGAGACACGGCUGGCUGCAUUCAAUCUGGGCGAGCUACGUUGCCUGAGCGCACUCCACAUCACUUUCGACAUAAACCCGUAUCAUCCAAAGGGCCCCGCCGCCAUACCCUGGGGUUUUCUGCAUCACAGCUUAUCCACACUCUAUCCGUCAAAGCUGCAGCAAGUUACGAUUGGUUUCAUAAUUCAUAGCCCAGAUCAUGUUUCCACACUGGCGAAGACAUUGGAAGAUCCAUCCUUGAGCGCAGAUGACCAUGUUUGUGCGCAAAUCGAGGGGUACUUUGCCAGGUCUGAAUGUCGUCAUUUAGAAACCGUUCACUUCGGGAUACUGUGCACCGGCUUAGAAGUCUCUGAAUCUCUCCAAGUUCCUGCAGAAGGCUGUUGGUCAGAUGCCCUUGUUCGUCGGUUUCCGGAUCUUCAUGCACGGGGUCUACUUCGGUCAUCCGUGGCCGUGAUGCUUAGCACUUCUGACCGCCAACGAUUUAGUCGUGCAUACGACAAUGAGUGA